AACUCAAGCCAAAUAGUCAUCAAAUUCAGCUCAACUGUCUUCCUUUUUUCAACGCCAUUUGCACAUAAACUGUUUGUCGAAAUGUCUGAAUGAAUUUUCAUCAGUGCUGUUGAGUUGUGAAGUAGUUAUGGCAAGCGCAACUGAGCUUACUUUUCUUGUUAUCUAUGCUCUUGCAUUUUACAUUUUUAUUAUUCAUCGAUCUCUUCAAAUAUCCCACGAUCAUUACACUAAAGUUUAUGGACUUCGGCCUGGUUGGAUCUUUCAUCGACUCAAUGAUGUAUCUGAUGCUCAGUGGAGAAAUUUUCGGGGCAAUUUGACAAUUCUUACAUUAGUGUUUGGAAUCUUCACUCUAGUGGCUACUGCAUGUAGAAAAUAUGGCCUAAAAGCAAAGGGAAUGUCGGUCGUUUGGCUGUUGGUUUCUUUGGCUUAUUUGUCCUAUCUCCAUGGAGCUUGCGUCAUAUACAUCUUGGCUAUAGCUUCAGUUAAUUACCUCCUAGUAAAGAUAUGCGGGAGAACCAAAUUUGUUUUUCUGCUUUGGAUCUUUAAUCUUACACUCCUCAUAUGUAACCGUGUUUAUGGAGGGUAUCCAUUUUCCCUUUUUGGGCAAAGUUGGGCAUAUUUGGACAAUUACCGAGGCACUUUUAGGUGGCACAUCUGCUUCAAUUUUGUUAUCCUGCGAAUGAUUAGCUUUGGAUAUGACUACCAUUGGGCAGAUUACUCGAAUCGGUUUGACAAAGAGAAGCACAUCAAACGCUGCAAUAAUUGUUCCUUUGGCAGAACAUGCUACCAGCUAUUGCAGGAGAGAAGUCUUGAGAGCGACAAAUUCUCCUUCACUAUAUACUUUUGUUACCUGAUUUAUGCACCUCUAUAUAUUGCUGGACCAAUUGUUAGCUUCAACGCAUUUGCUUCACAGCUUGAUUCUUCCCAGAAAACACACUCAUCGAAAGAUGUGAUUUGGUAUGGACUUCGUUGGAUUUUUAGCUUGAUGCUAAUGGAAUCAAUGACACAUUUCUUUUACUACAAUGCCUUUGCCAUUAGUGGCACAUGGAAACACUUAUCUCCUUUGGACAUCUUCAUCAUCGGGUACGGAGUAUUGAACUUCAUGUGGCUCAAGUUUUUUCUUCUUUGGCGCUACUUCCGCUUGUGGUCACUGAUCAAUGGUAUCGAGGCCCCUGAGAAUAUGCCAAAAUGUAUAAAUAACUGCUACAACUUGGAAAGUUUUUGGAGAAACUGGCAUGCCUCGUUUAACAAAUGGCUUGUUAGAUAUAUGUAUAUUCCUCUUGGGGGUACUCAGACGAAGCUGCUAAAUGUGUGGGUUAUCUUCACAUUUGUUGCUGUGUGGCAUGAUCUAGAGUGGAAACUUCUUUCUUGGGCAUGGUUGACAUGCAUAUUCUUUAUACCAGAAAUGAUUAUAAAGUCAACAACAAAUGCUUUGAAGGUUGAAAGUUCUUUUGGCAAGUUUCUGUACCGUGAACUUAGUGCUGUUGCUGGGGCUAUCACCAUCACCUGUCUCAUGGUGGCCAAUCUUGUUGGUUUUGUCAUUGGAUCAUCGGGGAUCAAUUGGUUGCUCUCUAAAUUUCUCCAGAAAGAAGGACUCCCUACGCUUGGCGGCAUGUUUAUUACAUUUUACGUUGGAACUAAGCUAAUGAUCCAUAUCUCUGAUGCCAAGCAAAAACGCAUCCACAACAGAUGACACAAAGGGUAAAUCCUGGGCAAACAGAACACAAACAACAUGUUACAAAACCCAUUAGCAUCUACAGUGUGUUGCCAUGUCAUGAGAGGAGUCCAGCAGUAGAUAGUACUCGGUCAUUUUUGAGGAAUUCAUUUUGACCUUGAAUUAGUCAGUUAAUCAACUACACCUCGAUCCCAAACUAGGAGUUUUUUCAUUUUUCUUCCCAAACUAGUUGCAGUUGACUAUGGGCCGAUUUGGAAUGUGACUUUGUAAUUGGUUUUGAGUAGGCCUGUUUGUCGGGCCAAGUAAUUACUUGGUCAGUAUGUAAUUGAGGAGAAACACUUAUAUUCUCCAAUUCUCGAAGGGAGGAUUAGUGAUACU